GGAUGUUGAAGGGAUGCUGAGGGCAGCUGUUGCCGGGUACCAGCUGAUGUGCAGUGAGGAGGCCAUUGCAGAGAGUGACUUUGAGAGCGAGCGUUGCGCGGGAGGGCUGUGUGCAGGUCGGAGCUCUCAGGACAGCCUGCGGAGAAAGAGAGAGAGAGAGAGAGAGAGCAAGAGAGAAGAGAGAGAAAGAGAGAAGUCCCACAUCCUAUGGCAACAACACGGAGCUGCUCUGGGACAGGCCAUGCUGGGGAAAGACUACAUGUUGGCGAUUAUUAUUGUCAACUAUGAUGACAACCUGUGGAAUGACCAGGCCUUAGAGACGGACCCUCACCUCCCCCCCGGCUGGCGGACCAUCAGGGACACAAGUGGGACGUACUACUGGCACGUGCCAACUGGCACCACCCAAUGGCAGCACCCAGGGAGCUCCUCAGAGGACCCCCAGGACUCAGAUAAAAUGGUGUGCGCAAUGUCUCCAUCCCUGGACCCCAAGGCUGGAGGCCCCGUGGGCAGCCAUGUCUGUAGAGAAGGGAAACACAGGAGCUCAAUGCCAUCCUCUACAUCAAUAGACCUCAGAGAGCCAUUGCCCUGGCAGCACGGCAGCCCGCACAGCAGCAACCACCCCGACUCCAAGUGCUUCGCGGUGCGCUCUCUGGGUUGGGUGGAGAUACCGGAGGAGGACCUGACCCCCGGGAAGAGCAGCAUUGCGGUGAACAACUGCAUACAACAGCUUUCGUACAGCAAAUACCCCAACAGGGACCCCGGGGCCGCCUGGGGAGAGGGACAGGACAUGGUGAUGGUCCUGAGGAAGGACACCCUGAGUCUCCUCAACCCCGUGGAUCACAGCCUUCUGCACUCACAGCCCAUCAUCAACAUCCGAGUGUGGGGUGUGGGCUGUAACAACGGCAGAGACAGAGACUUUGCCUACGUAGCGAGCGAUAAGGACACGUGCAUGCUCAAAUGUCACGUCUUCCACUGCGACACCCCUGCAAAGGCCAUUGCCACCGCCCUGCACCAGAUGUGCUCCAAGAUUAUGGCGGAGCGAGCAGUGAUGAACCUGUCGCCCAGAAGCUCCGAGACCCAGGAUGACAUUUCCCCUGAGGACUUACAAGUUGAUGUUUUGGAGGCUAUCAGACAGUCGGUGCAGACAUUCCACACGUUGUACGUGGGACAUAUCCCAGUCUCCAAACCAAGGGGAAUGGAGCUGGUAAAUGACGUGAUAAGCAGUCUACUGGACUCAGUGGAGAGACAAGAAUGGGAGCCUGUUGUGAUGAACGUGACAGACACUACACUGACUGUGUGUAAGGGGAAGGGGCAGGAGAGGGGGGUGCAGCCCUGGUGGGAGUGCCGUGUCCGGUACCUGACCUUCCUGGGGGUGGGGAAGGACCCGCAUGCCUUGGCCCUGAUCGAGGACACCGGGCACCAGCGUUUCCAAUGCCACGUCUUCUGGUGUGAACCGGAUGCUGGCUACAUGUCUGAGGCCGUGCAGGCAGCCUGCAUGGUGAGUGUCCGCAGAUUGGGGGCCAUGGGAGGAGGGGUGUGGGGUUUGAUUGGGGAAGGGGUAGGGGCCGAGGUGGACAGUGGGAGUGGGGGAAGAGCGUUCAACGUGUGA